CUUGCAGCCAAGGCUUUCGCGGUAACUAAACCUUGAACAAAUAUCAAGAGGCGUGACAGCGCUGAGCUGGGAGCGACUGUCGUGGGGUCCAGCCUACAUCGACCGCCUCGAUCUUCAGAAGGGCGAUCACGCGCACAACACAGCAGCAAGCCCAACGCUGCAUCAAAGGUAUCCUACAUACGAACAUUUAUUGAAGAGUCGUUUUUGAUCUAGGCUACCGGUGUUGCUGUGCAAGCUUGUCGCGGUGGGGCGCACUUGUCGCUGAACGCAACCCAGACGAGAUGUAUUAGCACGCUUGAGGCAGCAGCGGGUCAAGGGAGUGCUCGGAUGUUUGGCGGGGGCUCAGCACAGACGGCGGCAUGGCCGCGAGGGCUCCCAGUGGCCUCCUCGCGCAGUGACGCCCUUGCUCGGGCGCACCCAGCCGCGCCUGUUCGGCCAGCGCCCUCUUUAACAUCAACACAGCUACAUGAACCCCUUGGUUUUGGCGCUGGCAUGUCGCGGUCGGCCCGCACGCUGGCGCCCCACUCGCUGGCAGGGACGUCCGCAGCCCUACCCGCGCCCGUCGCUCGGCGUGCGCACCGCCAAGAGGGCGUGCCUCCGGUUUGCGGCGCUCCAUCCCUCCUCCUAAACACCCUCACCUCAGAGGCAUCCAGCAUUAGCGUCGGAGCCGGCGACAGCGCGUCUGCCAGUGGGGAAUGUAGCCUCACCAACCAAGGGGGGCGCAGUCCUGACAGCGCUGCGGGCGAUAGUCUGGCUCCGGAGGCCUUUUGGCGCGGCAACGCCCGCCCACCGCAGGUUCCCGCCGAUCACGGCCAUGCCAGCACCAGCGGACGCUUCGGCCACCUACCCCGAGGCAUCCGCACCAGCAGUAGCAGCAGCGGCAGCAGUAGCAGCAGCAAGGCCAGCAGCAGCAAGGCCAGCAGCAGCAGCAGCAUCGGCAGCGGCCGGGCGGGCGUGAAGACGCGGACAGCGCCAGCGGGCGCCGACCGCGCCACGCCGCAGUCGGCGCCGGACCCGGCUGCGCUGACGGCGUGGAUCAAGUCGUGUCGGGACGUGGCGCGGCUGGAGCGGCUUGUACGGCAGCACGGCGAGCGCAUGAACCACAUCCACGUCAGCGCCGCCAUCACGCACCUGUCACAGCUGGCGGCCGCUGACCCGGCCGUGUCGGAGGCGCUCGAGGCGGCCGCGGCCGCAGCGGCGGCAGCGGCGGAGCCGUCCUCGCAGCUGCAGGCGCCGCCAGGCCCGGCGGCGGGGCCUGCUCUUGGGGCUAGCAGUGCCGGUAGCAGUGCUGGCAGCAGGGCGGCGGAGCUGGCGGGCACACUCAGCCAGUCGUUGCUGCGCCUGCUGCGGUCGCGUCUUGCCGACUGCGAGCCGCGCCAGCUGGCCAACACCGCCUGGGCGCUGGGCAAGUGGCCGGCGGGGCUGCGCGGCCGUCGGGAGGCUCUGCUAGACGUGGCGCGCGCCGCGGAGUCGCAGAUGAGCCGCUUCAGGCCGCAGGAGCUGUGCAACCUGCUCCACGGCUGUGCGUCCGUGAUCGCCGCCGGCGGCGCGUGCGGUGCAGUGCUGCCGCCCCCGCCCGGCGUUUCCGUCACUGUGAGCCCGGCGGCGACGGCAGCUGGCGGCGGGGAGGCGGCGGCGGCGGGCGGCCUGCCGGCUUCGUUCCUGAAGGUCCAUGCGUACGCCUGCGCCGCAGUGCUGACGCAGCGAAGGCCGCCCGCUUCAGAGGCGGGCUCUGGUGCCGGCCACGGCGGCGCCCGACCCAGCUUCAGCAGCAACAACACCCGCAACAACAACCACAGCUUCAAAAUGCAGGAGCUGUCGAACCUGCUGUGGUCAUGGGGCGCGUUGCUGGGCUCUGACAGCCACGACGCGCUAUCUCCCGAUGCCUCCGGCUCUCGCUCCGCGAUGAUCCGGCCCUCCACUCGGAGACCGGCUGUGGGCUCAUCGGCAAUGCAGGAGGCGGUGCCGCCGCACACGCUGCCGUACCUCGAGGUGCUGUCCGCGCAGAUGGCGCUGGGGCUGGAGGCCGCGGGGCCACAGGAGCUGGCGAACAGCGUGCACGGCCUGGCACGUCUGCAGCUGGAGCCGUCUUGGGAGUGGGUGGACGCAUUCAUGGCGGCAGCACGACGCCACGUGCGGCAUGCGCGACCGCAGCAGUCCCAGCAGCAGCUGGUGAACGCGCCCAGCGGGAGCUGCACCGAAGCUGCGGCGGCGCCCGCGCGUCAGGGCUUCAGCCCGCGCGAGCUGUCCAAUUGGUUGUGGGGCUGCUCGCGGCUGCGGCUGCGGCUGCCGCGUGCGCUGCUGGACGGCGAGCUGGCUCCGGCGCUGGAGCGCUGCCUGCCGGCCAUGAACCUGCAGGAGCGCGUCAAUGUGCUGUGGGCUCUGGCCUGGCAGGCCAAGCUGGGUGCGGCAGACUGGCAGGAGCAUCCGGAGUGGCAUCAGCAGGAGGGGGAGCAGCAGGAGGAUGAGAAGGAGCAGCAGGAGGGGGAGCAGGCCAUGGCAGGGGCGCCUCACGGGCAGCAUCAGGCCCAAGCCCAGCAGCCACACGCCCGGGGCCAGGCUGAUGCACAGGCAGCAUUCGGGCCCAACUCGCACAGCCUCCCGACCACCCAUCCAGCUCCCGCCGCAGCGCGCUCGCCUGCUGCAACAGAUCAGCAGUUGCGGCAAACCCCCACCGCCGGCUUUGUGUCACGUGGCAGCUCCGGCCAUGCGCAGGCGUCACGCCCGCACUCGCCGGGAGCCGAGGGCGAGUCUGGUCAUUCGUCCAGAGCGCUCAGCGGUCCCGUGCUGAACGGCGUUCUGCGCUCGGUGCUCGACGCAGCCACCUCGGCCACUGCUGCUGCUGCUGCCCUCGAGGGUGCGAGGGCUGCACCCAGUGCUGACACGCCGGCACCGCCGGACACGCUGACGUCAGCGCUGGCGCGCAAGACGGCGGCCGCCGAGCCGGCGGCGGCGGUGGCGGCAAAGGCGGCGAAGGCGGCUGUGCCUGCGGCUGCCCCUCUGCCGCCGGUGCCGCAGUCAGGUGUAGCAGCGGCGGCGGCAGCAGCAGCAGCAGCCGCAGCAGCAGCAGCAGCAGCAGCAGCAGCAGCAGCAGCAGCAGCCGCAGCCGCAGCAGCGGGCCGCCGGGCGCAGGACGUGUCUGUGACGCUGUGGUCGCUGGCGACACUGCAUUCCGCCGGCAUUGACGGCAUCGACCUGGGCAGUAGCACCUGCGGCAGCAAGAGCAGCAGUAGCAGCGGCAGUAGCUCGGCCAGCGCCGUUGCCUCAUCCAGCCGCGAUGGCGGCAACGGGACCGCUGCCGACAAGGCGCACGGUUCCGAAGGCAACGCCGGCAGCGAAGCGGAGCCUGUGACCUUCGUUGGAAACGGGAACGGAAAUGGCAAUGGGAACGGAAACGGGAAUGUCCCUACUGCGGAGCAAGACCAGCAGCAACAGCAACAGCAGCAGGCGGUGCUGGAAGAGGCGGGGGCGACAGCGGCGCAGCAGCUGCUGGCGCUGUGGCAGGGCGCUCUGCCGCACAUGGGCCCCCAGGCCCUGUCCAACUGCCUGUGGGCUGCGUCACGGCUGCGGCUGCGGCUGACGGCGCCGCUGACGGCGGGGAUGCUGGCGGCGCUGCGGCGGCACGGGCGCGGCCUGGCCCCGGCGGAGGCUGCGGCAGUGGUCCGCAGCCUGGGAAUGCUGUGUCCCACGCUGCCGCUGGCGUCGGCGCAGCCUGAGACGGCGGCGGCGGCGCUGCCGCCGUCGGCGGCGCAGCAGGCUGCUACAGCCACGGCCGCGGACCUGGUAGCGGUGGUGCUGGGGGUGCUUGAGCACGUGUACAUCCGGCACGCCAGCUACAGCCUUGGCCAGCUGGCGCAGGUGUGUCACGGCGGCGCGCUGCUACUGCGGUGGGCCGGCGGCAGCCGACAGCUGCUACAGCCGCCGCCGUCGCAGGCGCCCUACUCGGCCGCGCGCAGCGCCGACGGCUCGGAUGCAGACGGCGGACUGUUCGUACCAGCUGCGCUCGAGAUACGAAUGAGCAUGGAUCUCGAGGACGAUUUGAUGUACGGCGGCUCGUCUGCCGGCGCGGCGGCGGCCGCCGCCGCGUCAGGGCUGGGCGCAGGCGCCGCUGCCGCCGCGGCGGCCGCACGUGCGCAGCAGCGGCGGCUUAUCCCACCCCUGGACUGGCUCCUUUUGCAGCUGCAGCUCGCGUACCGCGGCCGCGCCGCCAAGGCGCCCGGCGGCGGCGACGCAGCGACAGCCCCCGCCACCAGCAGCACCGGCGGCGGCGACGCCGCCGGCUCCGCCGCCGCCGCUUCCGUGUCUGUGUCCGUGGAGGAGGUGGCGAUGACGCUGCAGGCCGUUGGGCUGCUGCUGCCGGAGGGCGCGUCCAUGCUGACGGCGGCGCGCUGCGCGGACCUUGCGGCGUGGGGGCAGGACCUGACGCGCCUGCAGCUGCGGCGGCUGCUGUCGGCGGCCGCGCCGCCAGCGCCUCAUGUGCGGGAGCCAGUGCCUCAUGUGCGGGAGCUAGCGCCGCUCCUGCACGCGGUUGCUGUGGCAGCGGUGGGCUCUGUACACGCCGCGCGCAUUCGGCGCGCCGCCGCCGCGGAGCGGCUCCGCCGCGCCAGCGGCGCCGCAGCCGGGGCAGCGGGCGGGGCGGGAGCUGGCGCGGGGCUCGGUGGCAGCGGGUCGCCGUACGCUGGCGAGGGGCUGGCCCGGAGCAGUGUGGAUGAGUUUGUGGUGAGCGGUCGCAAGGCAGCGCGGCGCGAGGAGCAGCGCCUGCAGCAGCUUUUGCACCAGUACCAGCAGCUGCAGCCGCCGCCUGCGGUGCCUGAAGCAGCGCCGGCUUCUGCUGCAUCUGCUGACGCGGCUGCGGCAGCCGCUCGUAGCGCGCCGCCUGCGGCCAGCACCAGCGCCGCACUCUCGGGCCGUCCCCAACCCCCGCUGACGCUGCAGUCACUGGCACCACCCCAGCAACUCCCCCAGCAGCCGGCACCGACGACGACGCCAGCGCCGACGCCGGCGCAGCAGGGCGGGCUGCAGGGCCCCGCCUCUCCCGCCUGGCAGGCGUCCGGCCUGUCGCCCGAGUGGCUGUCGCGCCUGUGGGCUGUCAGCGGGCUCAGCCUGGCUGAGGCCAGCCCGCUGGACGCCGCGCUGCUGCUGUGCUCACUGGGCGCGCUGUCAGUGCGCCCGCCAGAGGCCUGGGCGCACGCGCUGCUGGCGGCCGUGCGGCCGCACCUGCGCGCGCGGCCGCUGGCAGGCGCGGCAGGCGCGGCGGGCGCUGGCGCGCCCGCGGCGGCGGCUGCGCCGUCGCCGGCUCUGAGCGACCAAACGCUAGGCAUGCUGAUCCUGGGCCUCGGCAAGGCGCGCGUGUCGCCGCCGCGCGAGUGGAUGGUUGCAGCGCUGGCGGAGGUGGAGGUGCGCGCCGGAGGCGCCACUGCCGCCGCUGCUGCCGCAGGCGCAGGCGCAGGCGCAGGCGCAGGCGCAGGCGCAGGCGCCGGCGCAGGCACAGGCGCCGCUGGCGGUGUGGCCGUGGCUCUUGACCCGCGUGUGCUCAAGUCGGUGCUUGUGGGUCUGGCGGAACUCGAGUGGCCGCUGCCGGCCGAGUGGCUGACGCGCGUGGUGCUGGCGGCCGCGCCGCGGCUGCGGCAGCUGCGCCCCGCCGACCGCGGCCGCAUGUACCUGGCUCUGGUGGCGCUGGAUGCGGGUCUGGCGGACCGCAUGGGGUACGACUUCUGCCACGUCAUCGCGGCGGCGGCGCAGUCGCGGCAGGGCGGCGGCGGUGGUGUUGGCGGCGGCGGCGGCGGCGGUGGCGGUGGUGCGGGCGGUGUUGGUGGUGCGGGAGGCGCCGCGGUUGUGGCGGUGGCGGGCACGGAGGGCGCGGGGCAGCAGCGGUCGUUGUUCACGCGGUCGCGCGGCGGCUGGCGUUGAGGACGGGAGGUGCAGGGCGCGCGGGCCGCAUGGGCACCCGUGAUUGGUUGGGCUCCGGUGAGGUUGUCCUGCACACGUCGCUGCACGGGGUAUGAUACCAGACAGGAUGCGGGGGCCUAGGGAGGGGGCUGUAGUUGCGAUUCCCAGUCAUAAGUAGGGGGCCUGCACGUUGGCAGUAAGGUAUGGCUGAUGAGGUCCCCGCGGGGCCCGUGGGGUGAGCGUUGUGGUGAGCGGCGCACAUGCCUCGCAGGGUCUGCUCCGCUAGUGUGCAUGGGAGUGACGUGCUUAUAGGUUUUAGCUAGCUGAAGAUGGCUGGGGAGUGUAGGUCAGACGCGCAGGUGUGAAGACACUUUGGGAACUGGGGAAAACCUUGGCGAAGUGGUAACUGCAGGCUUACAAGUGUUCCAGGCACACAACACGAGGGCGGAGAUCACCUUGAGCAGUUUCUUUGUCGAGUCAGUUUGUACCGCAGGAAGUGUAUGUGCAGAUUUUCAGCGUUAAUUAAUGCGGAUGUUUACAGCGGCGAGUGGGUGGGCGUCGGGCGUAGCGGCGGCGGCGGCAGCGGUUUGCGGGGGUUGCCUUCCUCCGCUAGGGCAGGUCAGGGGUGCACGGCGGGAUUUUGUUUCGGUCACGCACGAUGUCACCCACUGCACUGUAACAAUUUCGGAUG